GUUCCGUGCUUGAACAUCUCUGAACAUCAAUCACGACACGCGCGCUCCUCUCAACUACAAAAACUACAUAAACCAGAGGGUGAGGCGCGGCCUGACGUCAUCUUCGUGCGCCUGAUAAGCGGGAGGAAUGACUGCGAACGGCAUGGCUGUAAUAAACAACGCUGGUUUAACAAAGUUACAGUCGUUAAAUGGCGUCUUCGCUAUAUAUAAGAAAAAAGGACCCACAUCCGCCGACGUGUUAAACACGCUGAAACAGAAGCUGUUAAAAGAGGCUGGUGUAGAGAAAUCAAACCCUCGGAAGAGGAAGAAGCAGGCUAUAAAGCUGGGACAUGGUGGGACUCUGGACAGCGCUGCUUCUGGUGUUCUGGUGAUUGGGAUUGGUGAAGGGACGAAAAUGCUGACCUCCAUGCUUGCCGGGUCAAAGAAAUACACCGCUGUCGGAGAGCUGGGCAAAGCAACAGACACCUUUGAUGCUACAGGAAGCGUUAUUCUGGAGAAAGGCUACGAUCAUAUAACGAGAGAAGCUUUUGAAGAAAAGCUGAAGCAGUUCACUGGUGACAUCAUGCAGGUGCCGCCUCUGUACUCUGCAUUAAAAAAAGAUGGCAAGCGCCUUUCUACCUUGUUGAAGGAAGGACAUGAAGUGGAAGCUAAGCCUGCACGUCCAGUUACAGUCUACAACCUCUUGUUGCAGGACUUUAAUCCCCCACUUUUUACUUUGGAUGUGGAGUGUGGUGGAGGGUUUUAUGUCAGAAGACUGUUUGAUGAUCUGGGAAAAGCACUUUCCUCCUGUGCUCAUGUGCAGGAACUGACCCGGACAAAGCAGGGACAAUUCACUCUUGAAGAACAUGUGUUGAGGGAGGAGCGCUGGACCUUCCAGGACAUUUCUGAGGUUUUACAUCCCUGCUCCAAGCCCGAACACAACACGGGCAAAAAAAGCAAAAAGCAGGAUGCGGCCUCCCAGCUCGGCUCUGAACGCUCUACAAAAGAUCGCAGCAGACCUGAUAAUGUUGAAGAAGACCAUAAACAUAGCAGUAAAUAAACAGCAUGAUGUCGGUGAAAGUCUAGAUGAAAUGUACUAAUUCCAAACAUUUGUGCUUA